AUGGAUUCCACCAAGUACGAAACGCUUCAUCAUCCUAAUGGCGCGGGCCAAUAUUCGAUUUCGAUUCCCCAUUACGGAUUCUUUAAUAUAGAAAUACAGUCCGCUAGUUCCUAUAAGUUCAAAAAAUAUAAGAAAAUAAAUGGUUUCGUUUUAUUCAGAUCUUUAAUUCAAAAAAUUUUCUUUAAAAAUGUCGAACACGGUUCUCGUAAGGCGAGCAAAUUCUGGAAAGUUGCGGACCCAGAAUUUAAGGAUAUAUUCGCCAAUAUUGCUCGAGAAAUCACUCUCCAAAUGGACAAUGAAAUCGAAUUUAAACAUUUCCGGGCAAAUUAUGAAUCGAAGCCUACUAAGUCCAAUAGGUUUAGGUUCAAUAAUAAAUUUGCGAAACCAAUGAAGCAGGAGUUUUCGGAAUUUGGUACCAAAUAA